CCGUUUACAUAAUUGGUUUGAUAAAUUACAACAUUAUACAAAUAAUAAUCAUCUUUCUAUGCAAUAUUAAUACCUUAAAAUAAUUCCAACUUGACAUUAUUAAGAAUUGCUGUAAACUAGGCUAUAUCUUUAGCAAAUUGCUAUGAAUGGUAUAAAUAAAGGCUUACAUAUCCUUUAAUUUAUAGGACUUUAUACACAUGUAUUUUCCAAAAAAGAAAAAAAAAUGCAUUUUGGAUUUAUAGUCUCUCAUCAGUUGGAACAUAAUAUUCAAAUGUAUACAAUAACCAAUUUAUUACUUCUUGUGAUAAAGGUUACUUUGCACAGUUACAGUUAAAAUUACAAUUAAAUUGUAUAAAUUAGUUUUAUUAUAAAUUGGAGGGUAUGAUAAGCCUUUAUUUAUGGCAUUAACAAUAGUUGGCUAUAUAGCCUAGUUUAAAGUAAUUAAAAGGGACAAGUCAUUUGUUUAGUUCCUAUCAAACAAAAAAAGUUCAUGUUCUUUUAUGGUUUUCAGAUCAUGAUUUCAUUCCUCGUUUUUUUGAAGAACUGAUAUAUGAGAGGGGAAUGAGAGAACAGAUCGGUUUACCGGAAGAUGUAGAUAUUAAUUCAAUAAGACUGAUCAGCAGAUCACAUGAGGAGGGAGAAUCAGUUGUUCUUUCAUAUCGUUGCAGGAGACUUCUCUUGGACUGGUUCAUCUACACAGUUGUUGAUAACAACAAGAUUAAAUAUGGACGAUGAAUUCAGAAAACCUAUAAGAAAAACAAAACUACAGGAUUCAAUAUCAAAAAAGAUAGAAAGUCACGGUUACACUGUUUCUCCCAGUGACUGUGAUAAGAAAUGGAGAAAUCUAAAGACGACUUAUAAAAGAAAUAGAGAUAAGGCAAAACAACACACUGGGAAAUCUGCCAUCACCUGGCCAUACUUCAAGUUACUGAACUUGGAUCUAGAGUGGACAUCAAUCCUCCAGAAGAAAGUGUCAUUUCUUCUGAGCCAUGCUUGGAGCAGAUCCCAUCUCCCAGCAAACCUUCAAGCAGUUUGUCAGGACUGCCUGCCCACUAUGAAUCUGAUGUGGCAGCAGUACAUCCCCCUUCAAUAAAAUCUUUUCAGAAUCAUGUAAAUUUAAAAAGAAAAGAAAAAAAGAUCCACCAGAGUGGUUUCAAGCUUGGGCCAGUAAGCAAGAACAAGAAAGGAAAUAGGUUAAAUUCCUGCCAGCGCUGAUCUUCUCUCUGAUGAUCCUAUUUGAUGUUGAAAUUUUUAUUUGUUGUCUGUGACGCCAUGUUGAAUUUUCGUCGAUGUUAAGCCUAACGAAGACUAUUGUAUCGUUAAAAAUUAUUUUUUUACUUUGU